AUGAAUGACUAUGCAGCGGUUCGGUGGGAUCGUUUAUUUCAUGUUGAGCAAGGUAUCGUCUUGCCGGAUUCCCUGAAUCUGAAAUUGUUGGCAGUAGAGUCUAUAGCUAUGGUUGCUGUGAGUGGUGUCGAAGAUGAGGCAGGGACGUCUUCAGGUCGAGAUGUAUUGCUUGCACUCCAGAAAUAUCAGGCAAAACGUAAACAAAUAGAAGAGGAGGAAGCGCGAAGACGGCGGGAAGGUCUUUUAUCAGAUGAAGAAGAUACUAGUAUGGAUGAUGUCUUUAUCCCUGCUAGACUACGGAAGAAAGAAAAAAUGCAUCGAAGAGCCUUACUGAAACAAGUAUUGCAUGCAAAAGGUGGCGCUCCAGAUGUGGAUACAGAACAAGAAGAUUUGGAGUUUUUCGAGCGAAAGCGGCGCAAAAAAGAGGAGGAAAGAAAAGCAGAAGAAGCGAAAAAAUCACUUCUUGAAAAACAUAAUGAACUCUUGGAAGCAGAAGUUGGAGACAAAGAUUCGGAAAAAAAGAAGCGAGAAGAGGAGCAAAAGUUACUGGAAAGUGUUGCGCCUGGAACAGCUCUUAUGGCUGUUGCUGAAAUUGCUAAGGGUGUCAGAUACGAUGAAUCAAUUAAGACGAGUUGGCAUCCUCCCCGCCAUAUAUUGGCAGUGAGUGACGAGGAGCAUGCGACAAUACGCCGGAAGAAAGGAAUUUUGGUAGAUGGUGAAAAUGUACCUCCACCAAUUGGUAGUUUCAUUGAGAUGAAAUUUCCUCCUCCAGUAAUCAAAGCUUUACGUGAUAAGAAGAUCAUUUGUCCAACUGUUAUCCAAAUGCAGGGAAUACCAGUUGCGUAUGUUUUCUUACAUUCCCUCUAUCUGUAUGUAGUGUGCUUGAUAAUAAGGACUUUCGAAUUUUUCAGACUUUCAGGACGCGACAUGAUUGGUAUAGCUUCAACCGGUUCUGGUAAAACUUUGACAUUUGCAUUACCAUUGAUUAUGUUUUGCUUGGAGCAGGAAGUGUCCCUACCAUUUCGACAUGGUGAAGGGCCAUAUGGUUUAAUUAUUGUACCUUCGCGUGAAUUAGCGAAGCAGAUCCAUGAUGUCAUCGAAAAGUUGUUUGAGAAUAUUUGCGAUGGCACGAAGUUUCCUAGACUUCGAGUUGGUCUAUGUAUUGGUGGGUUACCAAUUAGUGAACAGGCUAGGGUUUUUGAAAGAGGUGUUCAUGUGUGUGUUGCAACGCCUGGUCGUUUAUCAGAUUUAUUGAGCAAAAAAAUUUUCAAUUUGCAAGUCUGCCGAUACUUGGUGCUAGAUGAAGCAGACAGAAUGCUUGAUAUGGGUUUCGAAGAAGAAAUAAGGACUAUAUUUUCAUUUUUCAAGGGUCAGCGGCAAACUUUACUCUUCUCAGCUACAAUGCCACGUAAAAUACAGAACUUUGCUCGAUCGGCUUUAGUUCGUGCUGUGAUUGUAAAUGUUGGACGUGCUGGUGCUGCAUCAUUAAAUGUUAUUCAGGAAAUUGAAUAUGUUCGAGCUGAUGAAAAACUUACUAGGAUAUUGGAUUGUUUGCAGAAAACAGCUCCAAGAGUUUUAAUAUUUGCGGAGAAAAAGAGUGAUGUGGACAAUAUUUAUGAAUAUUUGUUAGUGAAAGGAGUUGAUGUCGCUUCCUUACAUGGCGGGAAAGACCAAAAGGACCGUCAUACUGGCGUCGAUGCAUUCAGGCGAGGUGAAAAAGAUGUUCUGGUAGCAACCGAUGUUGCUUCGAAGGGUUUAGAUUUCGAAAAUAUUCAGCAUGUAAUUAAUUUCGAUAUGCCUGAAGAUAUCGAAAAUUAUGUGCAUCGUAUUGGACGUACAGGGCGUUCUGGUCGAAAAGGAAUGGCGACAACCUUCAUUAAUAGAAGAGCGGAUAUAUCUGUGCUGCAAGAUUUACGAGCUUUACUGCUUGAAGCGGGUCAAGAAUUGCCCUUAUUCCUUCGAGAUAUGGGUGGUCCAGAAUUGGAGCAACCAAAUGAUUCUGCAAAUGCUGAUGAUAAGGGCUGUGCAUAUUGCUCCGGAUUGGGCCAUCGUAUCACAAAUUGUCCGAAAUUAGAAAAUGUUCAGACAAAGACAGCAGCUUAUCUUUCUCGUCCGGAUUACGGAGGUGAAGAAAUUUGA